AUCGCUGAAUUGUCGUCAAAUCCUUGUUGGCGUCUUGGCGUACGUCCCAAUUGCAACCACGUCUCCCUCAACUCAAGUUGUGAAAGAUUUUCUUUGAAAAAAUCCAUCCUCCAGACAAAAAAAAAAAAAGACUCUGCUUCUUCCUCCUAAACUUAAUGAUGGCUUGGUAUAUGGAUCUUAUUCCACCAUAAACAUGAUGAGAUGAAGGAGAGGCAACGUUGGCAACCAGAAGAAGACGCUCUCCUCAAAGCGUACGUCAAGCAAUAUGGACCCAAAGAAUGGAACCUUAUCUCUCGCCGCAUGCCCAAACCUCUCAACCGCGACCCUAAGUCCUGCCUCGAGCGCUGGAAGAACUAUCUCAAGCCUGGCAUUAAGAGGGGUUCUUUGACCCCCGACGAACAAUCCCUCGUCAUCUCUCUCCAAUCCAAAUACGGCAACAGGUGGAAAAAGAUCGCCGCCCAACUCCCUGGCCGCACUGCCAAGCGGCUCGGCAAGUGGUGGGAAGUUUUCAAAGAAAAGCAAUCCAAGUUGAACCCACAAGGGAAUAUUCCGGUUAUCGGUGAUAAACUCGGUCAGGGCAGAUACGAUCAUAUUUUGGAUACUUUUGCUGAGAAGUACGUUCAAUCUAAUAUUCUGAAGUUUCAAUCAUCUCUCUGUUAUCCUGCAACAUGGCCUGGUGAUGCUGGUUUAAAUAGUGUUUCUCUCAUGUCCGAUCCGGAUCCUGUUCUUUCCCUUGGAUCGGUUUGGAUGAACGCGGCAUCGUCCUUGUCAUUUUCAACCACGACAACAGCAUCACUAACGCCGUCCCUGUCCGUAAGUCUUUCUCUGUCACCGUCGGAUCCGGGUAUGGACCCCGAGCUGACGAGGUUCACUCGGGGUCAGAAUAUGGGUACUCUGAUACAGUACUGCAAGGUGAUGGAGGAAGGUAGGCAAAACUGGGUGCAGCACAAGAAGGAAGCGAUAUGGAGGCUGAGCAGACUAGAGCAGCAGCUGGAGUCAGAAAAAGCGAGGAAGAUGAGAGAUAAAAUGGUGGAGAUAGAAGCAAAGAUAAGGCUUUUGAGGGAAGAGGAAAUGGGAUUCAUGAGCAGGAUUGAGAGUGAUUACAGAGAGCAGUUAAAUACAUUGCAAAGAGAUGCAGAGAGUAAAGAAGCAGAAUUGGUGAAAGCUUGGUGUAGCAAACAUGCAAAGCUGGAGAAGCUUGUGAAACAGAUCGGUGGUGGUAUUAUGUUCAACAAUUAAAGCACCAAAUUAAAGAAAAUUAAUGGCUGAUUAUUAAUCAUGAAUUUUAACGGGAAAAGAGACGAGAAGGUGGAGUGUGAGAAAAGAGAAGAGUGGUCAAUUCAUUUCUGUUAUGUCCAAUCUGUUUUCUCAUUUUUGUUAGCGAAAAGAAAAGGUUUGUGGAGGAAGAUGAUGAUGAUGAUAUACAUGGUAUCUUUUCUUUUGUACGUACAUGUCGGCUAGUGGCCCAGUACCACUCUGCAUGAUAAAUGUAUUGGGCCGGGUUGGGCCACAACCAGAAUCUCCAUUUUGCUUACUA